AUUACUUUCCUUAAUUAUAUGUAACUGUAGUAAUCAAUCUUAAUAUAAACCAUAACAAUAUUAUGAUGAACAACAACAACAACAAGUACAACUUUGUAAGAAACAACAAUGGAGUAAUCAAACUCCCACCUGGGUUUCGAUUUCAGCCAACAGAUGAAGAACUUGUGUUUCAAUACCUUAGAUGCAAAGUCUUCUCUUUCCCACUUCCACCUUAUUCUUCUGACAUUGUUCCUGAGAUCAUUAACCUUUCCACCUAUGAUCCUUGGGAUUUGCCCUCAGCCUCAGGUGAUUUAGAACAAGAUAGGUACUUUUUUAGCAACAAAGAAGGAAAGUACAAGAAUGGGAAGAGAAGUAAUAGGAGAACAAGUUGUGGUUAUUGGAAAAGUACAGGCUCAGAUAAAAAGAUUGUAUCUUCAACUAUGAAAAAUAUUGUUGGGACUAGAAAAACUCUUGUUUUCUAUAAUGGAAAGCCUCCUCAUGGAGCUAGAACUCAUUGGUUCAUGCAUGAAUACACUCUAACUUUUGAUCCACAACAGAUUAGUCAGAACCAAAUAAGUACAGAUCAAAAUAAUUGGGUACUAUGUCGAAUAUUUUAUAAGGAAAGAUCAUCAAAGAAAGAUGUUGAGGAUGAUCAUCAUCAGAAUAAUAAUAACAUUUUUGAGCCUAAAAUGUUUGAUCUUGUUAUGGGGUGUAAUAUUAAUUACAAUAAUAAUAUGGGGACUACUGUAGUAUCAUCAUCAUCAUCUUCAAACUCUUCUUCUUCAAGCUCGAGUAAUUAUUUUAAUGAUGUAUCUUCAAGUAAUAAUAAUAAUGCUACUUAUAAUUAUUAAUGCAUUAUAUAUAUAUAUGCAUGGCA